CGCCUCCCGUGUUAUUUCCCCCCUCCUCUCCAUCCUUGCACGCCGAACCAGAACCAUUCAUCGCUCCCCUCCUUCAGGCUUCACAUCCGGGUCAUCCGCCAGUAUCUGUGUCUCCUGCGUCUGUGCGUCUCGCAGAGUAAUAAGCAUUUCGUCCGCCGCCGUGCCGUACCGCAGCCCUCCGCCCGACCGCGCGGCUCGCCGAGCGGACCCUGCGCGUGCCGUGCACCGGCGACGAUGGAGCCACGGGCGCUGUGAAGCCGCAGCCGGUCGCACAAAGGCUGGGAUGAGACGGUAGGAGGCUGUUGUGUGGGCUAGCCCGUGGUGAUCAACUCGCCCUAACGAUGUCGAAGAGCCUGAAGAAGAAGAACCACUGGACCAACAAAGUCCACGAAGCGGUGGUAACGCGGGGGAAGGAAGGGGACCUGGGGUUCGAGCUGAGGGGGGGCGCGGAGAACGGCCAGUUCCCGUACUUCGGCGAAGUGAAGCAGGGGAAGGGGCUGAUCCAGAGCGGCAAACUGGCCCAGGAUGAGCUGCUGCUGGAGGUCAACGACAUGCCAGUGGCCGGGCUCACCACCCGGGACGUGCUGGCCGUCAUCAAACACUGCAAGGACCCGGUCCGCUUCAAAUGUGUCAAGCAAGGGGGGGUGGUUGACAAGGAUUUGCGGCACUACCUCAACCUGCGCUUCUCCAAGGGCUCAGUGGACCACGACCACCAGCAGAUCAUCAGAGACAACCUCUACCUCCGCACCGUUCCCUGUACAACCAGGCAGCCCAAGGAGGGGGAGGUGCCGGGGGUGGACUACAACUUUGUGAGCGUGGAGCGUUUUAUGGAACUGGAGCAAAGCGGGGCCUUGUUAGAGAGUGGAACCUAUGAAGACAACUUCUACGGCACACCCAAACCUCCAGCGGAGCCGUCUCCCGCGGCUCCUCCUCUGAAUGUGAGUGAGGCCCUGCUGCCCGGAGCCCGGCCCAGCGCCCAGGGCAAGAGGAAGAGGAACCAGUCCGUCAGCAACAUGGAGCAGCGCGCCAGCCUGGAGCCGCCCGAGGAGGAGGAGGAGGAGAGCCCGGUUGUCAACGGCAACGGCGUGGCCAUCACUCCAGAGUCCAGCGAGCACGAGGACAAGAGCACAGACGCCUCCGGGGAGGUCGCUGUUGACUUGUCCAGCCAGGCCCCCAAUUCCACCGAGCCUCCCAUCGAAGGAGAGGAGGCCCCGAAAUCGCCCUGUAAAUCCCCGGUCAAAGUCCCCGAUGCAGACGAGGAGGAGCUGGGGCCACUGCCUGACAACUGGGAGAUGGCCUACACCGAGAAGGGGGAGGUCUACUUCAUAGAUCACAACACCAAAACGACAUCGUGGCUGGAUCCUCGGCUGGCGAAGAAAGCGAAGCCCCCAGAAGAAUGCAGGGAAGACGAGCUGCCCUAUGGCUGGGAGAAGAUAGACGACCCAAUCUACGGCAGCUACUACGUCGAUCACAUCAAUCGAAGGACUCAGUUCGAGAACCCGGUUCUAGAAGCCAAGAGGCGUCUGGAGCAGCAGCAGCAGAUGCAAAGCCAGGGACUCUCCGCUCUACCACUGCCGACUAUAUACAGAGAGAAGCCGCUGUUCACGCGGGACCCGACCCAGCUGAAGGGCACCUUCCUGUCGACGGCGCUGCAGAAGAGCAACAUGGGCUUUGGCUUCACGAUCAUCGGCGGAGACGAGCCCGACGAGUUCCUGCAAGUGAAGAGCGUGAUACCGGACGGGCCGGCCGCUCAGGACGGGAAGAUGGACACAGGCGACGUCAUCGUCUACAUCAACGACAUUUGCGUGCUGGGCACCACGCACGCCGACGUCGUCAAGCUGUUCCAGUCGGUGCCCAUCGGUCAGAGCGUGACCCUGGUGCUGUGUCGAGGCUACCCUCUGCCCUUUGACCCCGAGGACCCCAGCGGCGCCGCCACCACCUCCCUGACGCCCAUCGGCCUGGAGCACCGGCCCCUGGUGGUGAACGGCCGCGGCAGCUACGACCCCUACCUGGAGUACCUGUCUCUGAGCUCCCAGCUGCCCCCCCAGGCGCUGGCUCAGGCCGGGGCGCCCCACCCCGGGGACACGCAUCUGGACGGCUCGUCCCUGCCGCCCACCACGCCCGGCUCGGCGUCGGCGCUCACGCCACACGACGAUAACGUGUCCAUGGCCUCAUCGGGGACGCAAGGGAUUACCGGGGGAGCGGCUCAAGGGGCCGAGCUGCUGACAGUCACUAUGGUGAAAGGGUCUGAGGGCUUUGGAUUCACCAUUGCAGACAGUCCCACCGGCCAGCGAGUUAAACAGCAGGUGUUGGAGCCGGGCUCACAGGGAGCCUCGGGGCUGAUCGAGGGAGACCUGAUCCUGGAAGUGAACCAGCAGCCGGUGGCGGCGGCCGGACACGGGCGAGUGGUGGAGAUGCUGAAGGAGUGUCCUGUGGGAGCAGAGGCCACGCUCCUCAUACAGAGACCAGGAACAGGCCACAUCUCUCCAUGGAAGGCCUCCAAACAGUUGACUGACCAGUGGGAUCCACAUGGCAGCCCUCAGGCCAACCUGUCUGGCCCAGUCCUGCCUCCUGGCAUCCCCUUCCCAAAUCAGCCGCAGCACCGCACUUCAGUGCCCGACUCCACUGAAGGCUUCGACCUUAACAAGCCUGACCCCUAUGACCUUUACGAGAAGUCGAGAGCGAUCUACGAGAGCCGACGUCCAGAGUAUGAAGAAGUAGAGGUGCACCUGCUGAGGGAGAAGACCGGGUUUGGCUUUCGCAUCCUGGGGGGAGACGAGGCUGUGCAGGCUGUGAGUCCGGACGCCCGUGACAAGAUUGUUAUUGGAGCCAUUAUCGAGAACACUCCCGCUGAGCGCGAUGGGCGGCUUCAACCCGGGGACGAGCUCAUUUCUGUGGAUAAAAACGUGGUUGCUGGGAAACCGCACAAAUAUGUAAUAGACUUGAUGCAUGCGGCCGCUCGCAAUGGUCAAGUCAGCUUGACUGUGAGAAGGAGAGUGCAAACGCCUGGUGAGCUGUGUCCUGUGAACGGCCGCAGCCCCGGCUCCGUGUCCACGCAGCACAGCUCCCCGCGGAGCGACGCGGCCUCCGCCUCGGGGCCCCCGGCGGUCCCCGUCCCCGCCGCUCACCCAGAGGCGUCCGCUCUGCAAACCAGCGAUGUCGUCAUUCAUCGCAAGGAGAACGAAGGCUUCGGCUUCGUCAUCAUCAGCUCCCUGAACAGGCCGGAGAACGCCACUGUCAUCACUGUUCCACAUAAAAUAGGACGCAUCAUCGAGGGCAGCCCGGCGGACCGAUGCGGGAAGCUGAAGGUGGGCGACCGCAUCCUGGCUGUGAACGGACAGUCCAUCAUCAGCAUGCCACACGCAGAUAUUGUGAAGCUCAUCAAAGACGCGGGGCUAACGGUCACGCUGCACAUCAUACCAGAGGAGGGUAGGAACUGUGCCCAUUCUGGGCCCAGCUCAGAGAAGCAAAGCCCCAUGACCCAGAAGCAGAGCCCACAGACCCAGCCCAGCCCUGUAGCCCAGCCGAGCCAAGGAGGCGCCCAGCCCGGCCACACGCUUCCUCAGCCGGGCCAGACGGCCGCUCAGACGGGCCAGGCGCUGGUCCGGCCCGGCCAGACACCAGCCCAGACAUGCCAAACGGUGGCUGGGGCUCCUGCACCAGCAGCCCCCCAGCCCGCGCCAGCUGGGAGCCAGCAGAGCCCAGUCACCCAGCCCUCCGGCCUCCCUCCUCAGCUCUACCUCCACGAUGGCAGGUCGGAGGUUAAAGCCAGGCAGGAUGUCAAACCUGACUUCCGCCAUCCUCCAUUCACUGAUUACAGACAACCUCCAGUCGACUAUCGUCACCCACCGGUUACUGAUUAUCGACAGCCGCCGACACUGGACUACAGACACCCACCCGGCCUGCUGGACUUCAGGCAGCACCCUGCGGCUGCACAGUUUCCUCUUGGGAUCCCCGCUGACUUCAGACCACAGGACUACGAUUACUUCACAGUGGAGCUGGAGAAGAGUGCAAAGGGUUUUGGCUUCAGCAUUCGAGGAGGCAGAGAGUACAAGAUGGACCUGUUUGUGCUGCGCCUCGCGGAGGACGGUCCGGCCAUAAGAAAUGGCAGAAUGAGGGUGGGGGAUCAGAUCAUAGAGAUUAACGGGGACAGCACCCGGGACAUGACUCACGCCCGCGCUAUCGAACUCAUCAAGGCGGGCGGCAGGCGGGUCCGGCUGCUGCUGAAGAGAGGCACCGGGCAGGUGCCAGAGUACGACUGUACCGGCCCCUGGGAUUCCCUUUCUACAGCCCACUCUGCCCUGCAGGAAGUGACCCUCGAACCCCAUCUGAAUCCAUUGCUCUCAUCCCAUCCGAUCUCAGCCCCAGACUCCCUCCAUCAGCUCCCCCUAGAGGCCGUGGUGUGCAUGGCGGACAAGGCUCCACAGAUGACGGACCACAGCUCCAUUAGAGGGGCUGCAGGUGGCAGGUCCACCCAGCAGAAAUGCAUCAUUAGGGGUCAGGAGACCCCUCAGGGGUCUGGAGAGGUGGACUGUGGGCUGGGGGACAGACAGCCUCGGGCUUUGCCUCCCAAAGCUGUCCUGGGGAGGUCCAUUGAGCGGAGAGAGCAGCAGAGGGAGGCUAGCUCCCCCUGCUGUGAGAGAAAGGGCCUACACACACAGGCCACGAGCACCGUCUGGCCCUGGGACUCGUACGUGAGCGUGAAUUUGAAUGGGGCCUCUCUAGCCGGCGGCGACGUGCACAUCAGCCUCCAGGAGAGGCUGGUGUCCAGAGGCCUGUUCCCCAGAGAGGACGACCGGGCCGGCGGCCACGGCGGGAUCUGCUGCCCCUCUAAAGGCGUGGAGGAUCCUCCUGUGCGGAGCGCAGCCGCCUCGCCUGGACCCUGGAACCUCCCCGGUUCCGACAAACUGCCCGGCACCCUGAGGUCCUGGACGUCCACAGUAAGCAGAUAGAAUGGAUCAACCGGCUCGGACUCGCGCUCUCUGACUCCUCCUCCAGCUCACCCCCGGAUGUCUGAGACUCCCCCCGCUCUCUGCUUUCUUCUCCAUCUACUGCUAGGAUCAUCCGUUAGGUUUCAUUUAUUCUUACGAGAUGAUUAUUACACCCACCACCUUAAAACAGAGAGCAACUUUUACAGCUAUUCUAACGUACAGUUUAAAGCCCAAUGGACUCUGCGUUGUGGGCAUUUGGAUCCUCGUCCUCAGCAGUACGAUCGCAGAUGAGCGGAGCUGUGCUCUUGAAACGCACCUUUAACGGCUCAAGAUCGGUCAUUGCAGCUCAAUCUCAGUUCCUGUUGAACGUUCCGCGCAGGAGAAGGACAUACUGUACCGUAUGCACGCCCCAGAUAUUUACUUUUGCCCUGUUUUCCCGGGCGAAGUGGGAGGAACGAGACUAAAGUCCAUCAGACGGAGGCAGUGAGACUGAGACUCCCGGGGGGACGCGCCACUGACCCAAGCCACAGCCUGGUUAACGCGACAUAUGUUAGAUUCCACAUGCCUACCAAUAUCUCAUAUACUGUAAAUGUAAUGAUGUGAAAAUUAUGUACAUUUGGUGAACUCAAAAACAUGCCUGUCAGUGUUUUUUGGGGCCAUGUUGUAGUUAGAUGCAUUGUAAAGAAAAGAGAAAAAACACCGGGACGGUGUUUUCCGGUCACGACUCCCACGGCCUCCUAUAACUACAUAUCAAAGACUGUGCAAGGCACCAAACCCAUGCCACUGAGGGAGGCAGUGGUCCUGUGCAUGGAUACAAACCACCAUGGCGUGCAACGGGGACUCGCACGCCGGUUAGAGGUAUAAAACGUUAGAGGACAUGCUCCGCGGAGCGAUAGGUGUGUGUAGGACGUGAGAACAUCCGCUUCAUCGAAUAGAACCCAAACCAGUUGGCUUAGUAACAACUCAUGUGGCUCUUCUGAGUUAUGUACACACCUUGAUCAGUCCACCAUGCCGGCAUUGUGCAGUGUUGUAUUCAUUUGAUGCUCAACAGAACAAUUCUGUCCAGUCUAUAUUUCCCAUUUCUAUGCCUUUUACUGUGCUACGUGUACCACAUCACUGUGGGAGAGGGGCAUCGGCGUGGGGAAGAGGAGGCCCGUGGUCACGAGGUGGGGCGGAGUGCCUUACUCGAACUAAUGCAGAGCUGUCGUGAUCUCUCCUGGCAACCGAAUGCAAAACAGACGCUGGUGACCGCGCAAGACAUAUCAGCAAACUUUGGACCGAACACCAAGCAGUACAUACAGUUUUCUCAAUGCACUCUGAGCUCCACAGCUCGUCAAUGUCCCCGAGUGGUGGAAAGGGAGUCAAAUGUAGCCUGUAGCAUCACACGCUCGUCUCACAAGUUAUCCAAGAGAGUCGAGCUGGAGACGUUUGUCCAGACAGGGUUAUUCUCAAAGUGGACCACAGAUUCUGUUCAGUUAUUUCUGUGAAGGCAACGUCAUUUUUUGUCUUUUUAGCAGGCGGCAGCGCUUGUCACAGUUCGGCCCCUGGCAGAGUGGAGGCGCCGCCCAUGAAGUCACUAUCCUGCGUUUCCUCAUCUGGAUGUCAACCACUUCUCUCAACACGACGAUUGCUCCCAUGACAAAACGCUGGGGCCGUUGGAGCAGUUGGACGCAGCCUGACGGCAGAUCCGAGCUGCACUCGUGGAACAGGGAGCGGGCCGUCGAGCAGAAGCCUCGAACGAACGUGAGCGGCAGCGGGUUCUGAGGAAAACCGGUGGUCUGGCUGCUUCUGGGCUUUGGUUGACGUGUUAGCAAGUGGCUGGGAGAGAGCGUGUUUACUGUGUACAAGUGUCAGAAAAGGUGAAGCAGUGUGUCAUCCAGCCCUUCGUCUCCGUCCAGGCCGUCCCCUGCCUACUGUGAGUGAUUUUGUACACAAA